UUAACUUAACUAUGAAUUACAGCAAAUGAGUCAAAUCAAUGAAAUUAAUACACUUUUUUAACAGGAUUUAUUGCGUUGACGUGGUACAAACUGAUGAGUGCCCUCGAUGUAAAUGCAACUACAUUUUUGGUGGAUUUUUUUUAGAUUCGCUGAUCAAAAAUCAAAAAGCUAUCUAGAAAAAACAAAACAAAAACAACAACAACAACAACAACAACAACAACAACAACUCAGAAGCUGAAACGUACGAGGGACACGCGAAGGCAGCAUGAUGUACACCCAAUGAGUUUGAAGAAUGAGGAACACAUUCGCAAUUCAUUUUGCAGAAGUGAAAUCAGUGUCACUGUCAGAGCUGCUGCUGCUUUGAGCAGAAGUUGCUGCAAACCACUCCACCCUGUGAAAGCAUGCGGGGUUUUACAACCCGCGCUCACAUGUUAAGUGUCACUCCACACAGCUGCUGCUGCUCACGCGGACCUGGACUUUAACCAGCGCUCGCUACAACUUUAAGAAAUAAGUUACUCUUUUUUUUCUUUUUCUUCUCCCCCCCCCCCGCUUCUUUCCUUCAGGAAAUCACAUGGAGGUGCUCUCGUGCUCACAUGACACUCCGAGAGCCAUGGCAGCGGAGAUCCAUGAAGGCUCCGUUCCUGCCUAUUACAGGGAAGUGCAUGGGGCCGUCUGCUGUAGGACAGACGAGAGAGUGCAGGUGGAAGUUUUUCAGCGGUUGCUCCAACGGGCCGACCUCUCCGGGGCGGUGGUGGGCCAGAUUGCAGAGCAUGUUGACGCCGCGGAUGGAUUCCUCAGCAAGUUGUCCCUCUAUAAAGCGCUCGCCUUGAUCGCUCUCGCCCAGCAAGGGAAGCAGCCGAGCCCCAAGCUCCUGGAGAACUGCAUACAAGAGUUGCCCAGACCUGAGCUCGGGGAGCCGAGGGGCCUGAGCGCGCUGAGGAUGCAGCCGGCGCAGGAGGACGCGCUGACGAUGACCCACACGCUGGACAAGCUGCUGGUCAGGGACACCGUCCAGAUGGAGCUCAUACCCGAGAAGAAGGGCCUGUUCCUCAAGCACGUGGAGUACCAGGUCACCAGCGAGCGUUACAAAAUAUCAGUUUACCGACGCUACACUGAUUUCGACGUCUUCCACGAGGUUCUGCUCCAGAGAUUUGCCUACAGAGUGGUGCCGGCGCUGCCGCCCAAAAGGAUGUUAAAGGGAGUGCUGACCUCGGUCUCUGAGCGGGACUUCAUCGAGGGGAGGAGACGAGCUCUCUGCAGAUUCAUGAACCUGGUGGCGCGGCAUCCCGUCUUCUCAGAGGACGAGCUGGUUAAGACCUUCCUCACCUUCAGCGGCUCUGAUGUUCAGAGCAAGGUGCGUGAUGCUUACAAGAAAACGGGUGAUGAGUUCAUGACCAACAGAAUCGCAACCCUGGCAAAGGAAUAUCUCCCUGCUGACAUUCAAGCGCAGUUCUCAACAAGCAGGGAGCUGAUCCGAAAUAUCCACAACAGCUUCCACAAGCUGCGGGACAGAGCUGAGAAAAUGGCCGAGCGCUCGAAGGAGAAUGCGACUGACCUCCUCAUGUUUGGCAGGGAGCUCAGCACGCUGGGCUCCGACGCUUCACCCCUUCCCUCCUUGGCCUCUUCGCAAAGCACCUGGGGGACGCUGCGGCAGGCGCUGAAGAGUCUGUCUGUGGAGUUCGCCGUGCUGUCGGACAAGGCUGCUCAGCAGGGCAGACGGGAAGAGGACGACGUGGUGGAGAAACUGAACCUUUUCCUGGACUUGCUGCAGUCGUACCGAGACCUCUGUGAGCGCCACGAGAAGGGCGUGCUCCACGAGCACCAGAGGGCUCUGCACAAGUACAGCGUGAUGAAGAGGCAGAUGAUGAGCGCCACCGUGCAGCCAAAGGAGCAGGCGUCCGUGGAGCAGCUGGAAUCGCGGAUUGUUCAGCAAGAGAACGCCAUCCAGACCAUGGAGCUGCGUAACUACUUCUCCCUGUUCUGCCUUCACCAAGAGACGCAGCUCAUCUUCACCUACCUUCCCAUCACGUCCCACAUUCUCGGCUCUUUUGUCAACUCGCAGGUCCAAGGACACCGAGAGAUGGGAGAGGUGUGGAACGAGCUCCAGCCGAAGCUCGGGUGUCUCUUUGGUGCUAAUAACGGAUUGAAACCAACAUCUAAAACCUGAGUGAGCUUCAGAGGAGAAACGCUGCUGCUGCUGCUGAGGAUUAUAAACUGGAAAAAAAGAACUCGCUCCGUGAGCUAAAGCAAACACGUGUAAAGCACAGCUGUAUUUUCUUCUUACCAAAUCUAAUAUUACACGACAUACAUUCCAUUCAGCGAGAGGGAUUUCAUAUUUUGGGGUUUGAUCGUCAACCCGUAUUACCUUGUAACUGGACUGCGAGUCCCGAUGAGGAUAUAAUGUCCAUUUCAAAAUCAACAAGGAGUUAUUUUACAACGUAUCUGACAAAGCAUCUGUUAUAUUAACUCUUGUAAAACAUUUCAGACACUAAGGUAGUUGAGAAGAAUUGAGGGACAGAGAUUUACUUUUGUUAAAAGAUGGGAUUAUUUUCAAUCUCUAUUCAUGAAAGUUUCUGUUUUUUUACUUAUUGACUGACUUUAGACCGAUGUGUUUUUGAUACAGAUUAUAGUUUAUAAGGAUGUGUAGCAGCAUACUACAUAUUUUUUUGGGACAAGUUAGCUAUUUCUUACUGUUUACUUUAAUAUAAAGCAAUGUCUCGGCGCUCUUUGCUUUAAUAUUGUUUAAGACUUUUUCAGCUAGAUGUCAGUAAUAACACUAUAAGGUAAUGAAUUUACGACCAAAGAUGUUGAAAUAUGAAAUAAAUCAUAUGGCAGAAUUCCUACACAGAUCCAGAUUUAAACCUCUGUGACUAACAUCUUUAAUUUCAGCUAGAACAUUUUUGUCCGUAUCGCUCCAUACUUGAGCACUGCUUUCACAGUUGCAGAAAUCAAUUUUAAAUUUGUUUAAAUGUGUGUAUGAGGACAAACACACGCUGGAUACUGCUGAAUUCCUUGUCCAUGUAUGAUCAGACUUUCGGCUUUUCAGAUUCUUAGCAUGAAAACAAUGAAGCUCAUGUGCCUGUACACAUGUAGUUUAUCAGAACAUAAUUUAUUUUUCUAAAAAGAAUCAAAAAAAAAAAACUAAAAUCAAAGGGAAAAACAUUUGGGUUUACAUUUAAGAAGUUGUCACCAGCGGAUUUCAUCUCUACAUCGAACUGACCGUGUGGAAAUGAAUGAUGCGAAAAAACAAAUCAGAAUAUGUGCACUUUGUUGCCAACAGGUAUGUUAUGAAGAAAUUGUAUUGCAGAAUGAAACACGUUUGUUUUUGGAAUAAUAAUUUAUUGGGAAUCAACUUGUUCACUUUCACAGAAAAUGAAACCCAAUAAAAAUAUCACUGUAGAAAUUGUAAAUAUUUUAUCACAUAAAAAAAAUCCUUGUUGAAUGAUAUUAAAUUGGUAACAAUGGAAAAAUAAAAUGACUAUACUGCUGCUUUGA